AUAAUGAACAAAAACUGUUUUUACAAAUAUUUGUUUUCUUUAAUAAAUAUUACAAGAAAAUAAUUUCAAAAUAAUAAUUAUAAUAAUAAUAAUAAUAAAUAAUAAUAAUAAUAAUAAUAAUAAUAAUUUAAAUUAUUAUAAUUAUAUUAAUU